AUGGAGGACCGUCUGGAAGACUUGACGCGUGCCGCCGCGGCGCAAUUUGGGGCAGGGUUCCGCUACGCAAGCGACUUUGGAACCAGUUGGGUGUACCAGCAACUCGAUAUGCAAAGAGGCAAUCGGGUGUCCAAGACUGUGUCGCGAUUAUACAUGUCGACUUGGAACGCAUUGGACCGCAUGUAUCCAGAAAGAGUGGUUGAUUGGCCGCAUUUGCCUGAGCCACGUCCGAUGUUGCACGAGGAGACGCAUUUUCAUGCCCUGGGACGGACAAAGCCAUUGACACAAGAUGUCAUUCUGUCUGCGUAUUCGCCGCAGGCUGUGCGAAUGGCUGCGCAGGGGAAUGAGGAUGAGUUCUUCGCCGCGAUUUUUGCUAACCCGCCUUUGCAAAUGGAUCUGACGUGGACAAGGAAGGAGCGCAAGCGCGGUUUGAAGGGGCCCACGGAGGAGUGGCCCCUUCAGGCGCAACAUCUGGCAAAGGAAGAGCAGCCCUUGUCGCAAAUUUUUCAGCGGCCGUCCACUGCGGAGGUCACGGAGGUCGAGGCGGCAGGAGUCGGCGAAGUGUACCGCUUUGACUACACGGAGCAGGCGGUGAGACAUCAGAUUCAUCCACGGCGACUGCACAAUCGGAUAUCCGGCUUAUGCUGGAACGCCGGCGCGGUGCGCCAGGGAAUCGACAUCUCAGCCUUCCUCGCAGGCACGUGGUCAUACUUAGCCAUGCAGGAGUGCGACCUCAUGGAUUUGCAACGGUUGGAGAGCUUGGAAUACAGUGUCGUCGCUGUCGCAGAAUCAGGAUUGGCAGUUGCAAUGCCCGAGGAUUUUCUGGCUCGGAGCGGGCAGUUGGUUCAGGCAGUGACUGAAGACCUACCGUCGGGGCAGUGGGCCUUGAGGGGGAUCUUCGGCAAGUUCGACCUAAGAGCGCACGGCCACAUCCCUUUCGACCAUAGAGACUUGCGAAUCCGCAUGUAUGACACGGACUCCCACUACCCUGCCUUCGUCUUUCACUCUGUGGACAACAGUCGCACCAGAGGAGAAGCGAGCACUGCAAGGCUCAAAAGGAAAGAACGUAAGGAGGAGAAGCUGGGGCAGAAGAGAGCCGCGAGGGCAAGCGCUUGGAAGAAACCGGUCUGA